AUGGACGACCUCACGGCUGCCAUUUUAGCAGUAGUAGUAGCUGCUGCAAGCGUGAGCGCUGUCAUCGCCACAGUAGAUAUCCGCGGUUUACGACGGCCACCCAAAGCCCCCAAGACGUUUAACACUCGAGCAUUCGAGACAGCUCUCCGCACACGGGAACAGGUUGUGCACGCUGCGUGGGGCCGUGAGCCCGGUCCCAACACCAAGAACCCCGUCAUUAAGCGCGUGGCGCUCACGAUGCUCUACCUGGCCAAGGGUGGCACCAUCGACCAGGCUGCAACGGCGUUGGGCAUCUCCAGGCCUCGUAGUGUAGUCUACAUUAACGAUACCCUGGACGUGCUCAGCGCCAUGGCAAAAUCUAUGAUCUUCAUGCCGCCAGCAGAGGAGCUGGCAGCUGUUGAAGAUGGCUUCUACGCUACGGCCGGGUUUCCCGACACCAUUGGUGCCGUCGACGGUACUCUCGUCCGUAUUGCGCGCCCACACGACUUUGAGGGCUGGUACAGUCGCAAUAACUUUCCUGCGGUAAAUGUCCAAGCUAUCGUAGAACUCCGUGGUCUCUUCCGGUCCAUAUCCAUUCAAUCGGGGUCAAACAACGACCAAUCGCUCUGGAAUGGAUCGGGAGUGAAGAAAAGGAUCUCUAGCUACGUGCCUCCUGGAAAGCAUUUGCUGGCGGAUGCCGGAUACAAAAUCUGGGGUCACAUGUUGACCCCGUUUCCAGAGGCAGACGCUAUGCAAGAUCCUCGGAAGAGGCGAUACAACAAGGCCCAUUCCAGGACUCGAAUUGUCGUAGAAUGCGCCUUUGGGCGUUUAAAAAACCGUUUCCGCGUAUUGCUGGGCAAACUGGAGCAGAAGACGACAGAUCGCAUUUGCAAAGUCAUUCUGGGCUGUGCUGUCUUACAUAACAUGCUUACCCUAAUGGGGGACGGAUUGCCAAUUCAUGGCGAGGAUCCGCUGCUGCAAGAUGCCCCUGCUCAAGUCAGUGAGGAUCCAGUCGAAAGAGAGCAAGCGGUUUGUCACCAAUAA